AAUGUUAUUUGUUACAUUGUCAAUAUUUAUCACAUACUUUCAUUGUUGAAUAGACAAAUGUUUUUUAAAUUGUGGAUAAUUUAGUCAUGAUUUGUAAAUUUUACUUGACAAUCAUAUUGGUGCAAUCUUAUUUUAGUUUUGUUUUAAAUGAUGGAAUUUCUGGAGAAAAGAGGGUUGAAAAUCGCAUUCCAAGUACUGAUAUUGCUGAAGAAGGAGAUGACAGAUUAUUGUUGUUUGCGACAUUAGAUGGAACUCUCACGGCAAUUGAACAACAAACUGGAAAAAUUCGAUGGAAAAUAAAAGAACAGCCUAUAGUUCAAGUACCUCUGGAUGUACCCAAUGCAAUUUUACCAAUAUUUUUACCAGACCCAAGAGAUGGAUCUUUAUAUUUAUUAGAUAAUUCCAGAGAACCUUUGCAAAAAUUACCAUUCAGUAUUCCUCAAUUGGUGUCUUCUUCCCCUUGUAGAAGUUCUGAUGGCAUAUUAUACACAGGAAAGAAAAAAGACAUCUGGUUUAAAUUGGAUCCUAUAACAGGCAAUAAGGAACAGGUUUUAGGCUGGGAUGAUCAUGGCACUCAGUGUCCCGUUGAUUCGAAAACGUCAAUUUACAUUGGACGAACAAAAUAUGACAUAAAAAUGGUCAAUGGUAAUAAUCCUGCAAAUAAAUGGAAUGUAACAUUUUAUGUCUAUGCAGCUGCCGAUAUGAGUAAAGAGGAAUUAAACAAUUAUGAUUUGGUACACUUCACUUCCAGUUCCAGUGGAAGAGUGAUUAUUUUAGAUCGAAGACGAGGCAGUUUACUAUGGGAUGGCGAUUUAGGCAGUCCAGUAGUAGGGACAUAUUUAUUGGAUCCAGAAGGUCUUAUUUCGGUGCCUUAUACAAGUUUAGCUAACCAUACUAUAAUAUAUUUGCUGCAACAGUUAAUAUCUCAUAAUGGACUUCUUGAAAAUUCAAAUCAUAUGAGACUAUA